AUGUUUGAAGAUAUUGUAAGUACUCUAUUAUCAACUUAUCUUGGUGAUUAUCUUGAGGGUAUUUCAAGAAAGGAUCUGAAGUUAUCCUUGUGGAAAGGUGAUGUGGAACUCAAGAAUUUGCGUGUAAAAACCGAAGCCUUGGAUUUUCUCAAUUUACCCAUCCAAGUGAAGGAAGGAUUCGUGGGAACACUCAAGUUAAAACAUCUGAAUCGACAGAUUCCUUGGAAGAAGCUUAGCAAGAGCGCAACCCAGAUCCAAAUAGAUGAUGUUUUUGUGAUCGCUUGUCCCAAGUCCGAGUUAAAGUAUGACGAAAAGCAAGAAUUAGAGAACGCGCAGAAUCGAAAGAAAGAACAGCUUGCUGCUAUUGAAGAUAACGAGGUCCGCAUGAAUGAGGAACUAUCCGCCAAAAACGACAAUUCGACGAUGGCUCGACUUAUCGCCAAAAUUAUUGAUAACCUUCAAUUAAGCAUCAACCGUGUCCACAUCCGUUUUGAAGACCAUUCCUCUUGUCCAGGACAUGAUUUCGCUGCUGGUCUAAUUCUGGAAAAGCUCUAUCUCUUCUCUCCAGAACAGAAAAAGAGCGGCGAUCUUUUGCCAGGCGUGAUGCAAAAGAAGGUGGAGCUGAGUCGUUUUGGCAUCUAUUGGGACUUCGACGAAUCCAUGCAGAUCCAAACCAAAAACGCGGAAUCCAUCCAAAAGGAAAUGACUCUUGCCUUCUCCGACGCAGCCUCCGUGCCCAGCGAGAAGCGUGGCUUGUACCCAACGCACUGGAUCAUCGAUCCGAUCUCUCUGUCUCUGCUGACCAACGCGGACAUCCGCAAAGUGGAGCUUCGCAAGCCGGAAGUGUCGGUCGCGAUCGCGGAAGUGUUGCAGACCCUGCAAUGGUCCGAGAAAGUGAGUGAGACCAAGCGGUUAGUGGACGCGUACAAGCAUGUCCGCGAAGAUGAAGUGCGAGGCCGCACCGCGGAGCAGGAAUGGGCGUUGAUGCGCGCUCAUUUGGAGGCGGAAUAUCCCGGAAUGUACUACGACAACGCUCUGAAAGUGGCCGAGGAUUUCUGCUAUCGAUGCUGGGACGUGUCGAAUCGGCCGAACCCGAUCAUGGAGAUCUCCGGAGAUAUCAAUCAAGUGAUGGUGCAGUUGGAUCAGAAGCAGUAUCGCGAUAUGCUCGGGUUUAUCAGCUCGCUGAACACGCAGACGCUUCGAGCGCGGUAUAAGCAGUUUAAGCCGCAGGAAGACGAUCCGGAAUCGAACCCUCGGAAGUGGUGGCAGUUUGCGAUCAAGUCGGUGAUGUGGGAGAACGCGAAGAAACGCGCAAAUAAGGGAUGGGAUGACUACGUGCGAUUCAAGAAGCUGCGAGCGGAAUAUAUCGAAUUGUACAAACUGAAGAGUCAGGAUAAAGACUUGAUGAAGAAGGAUCCGAAAACGAUCCAGCGAUUAGAGAAGCUUGAAAGCAAGCUAAGUCUCGAGAAUAUUCUUCUGUUCCGGAAGAUCGCGCUUCAGGAAACAGAGCACGAAGCGCAGAUCAAAAAGAAGAAGGCGGCGAAGGAGCCGAAGAAAGAGAAGGGCUUUAUCCGAAACCUGUUCAAAAAGAAGCAAAUCGAGACGGAAGAGGACGGGAUUACCGAGGAAGAUCUGCAAUGGGACGAGGCGAAGAAACUCCAGUUGCUCGCUGAGUUCGAUAUUCAGCCGAACGAAAUGUCUCCGUGGGAAGGAGGACGGCCCACCGACAUCCAGCUCACCGCGCAGCUCCGCAUUCCCAAGAUGGGAAUCGUGCUGACCACACAGCAUUCCUCGCUCCUGGUGUGUUCUUUGGAGCAGCUCGGCGUGCAGGUGACCAAAAUGAAGAAGUACAUGCAGGUGUAUUCCUGCAUCGAAGGUCUGCGUGUGGAGAACGGAUCGCAGCAGAGCGAGAAAUGGCCGUAUCUCGUCUAUACCGAGCAAGACGCUCUGGUUGAUACCAACAGCGUGACUCGGUUCCUUCCUGAAGGGCUGUACACGCAAGAGCGCUCUCUCCCCUUCCUCCAAAUGGCUGUGGAGCUUCCUUCGCUUCAGAAGGACGUGGACGUCACAGUCAAGCUGCAGACGCUUCCGCUCUGUGUCGUGGCCAACACUGCGUGCGUGAUGGAACUGGCCGCAUUUUUCAUUCCCGAGCUCGCCAAACUCAACUUUGCGGCGCUCAGCGCGUCAGCCAGCUCGAUCUACUCGCAGCUCUCCUCCAGCAACAAGCUUCGACUGAAGGCCAGCAAGGAGGUUCUUUCGCACAAGACGGUUGGGCUGGACGUGUUUAUGGGCGCACUGCACAUGAUCAUUCCCGAAGAUAUCCGGGAAGACGUAACGCACACGCAGUCGCUGGUGGUGCGAUGCGGAGAUCUCCGUGUGUUCAGCGAUCCUCGGCGAGUGAGCGUGGACGAAGAGCUCUCGGAAGAGAACAUUUACGAUCGGAUCGAUGUGAGUGUGAUGCGAAUGAGCGUACUCAUGACGAACCAACAUGCGGAUUGGGCGCGCACCGACGUGCAGCAGAAAUUCGACUUGUGCGUGGUGGAUAAUUUCGAUGUGCAGUGCCAGAUCGGACUGAGCAUUUCGCCGUCGACGGCUGAGUUCGCCACGACCCUGAUUCAAGCGAAUAUGAAUAUGAUCCACGUCCGACUCACGAAAACGAAAUGCAUUAGUCUGACUCGCUAUCUCUUCUCUGUGCUCGCGAAUGUCUCCGAGAUUAUCGCGAACAGUCACGUGGAUUUCUCGGGUCUCACGGAGGAAGCCAAGAUCCUGGUGAGCAACACGCUGGCCGCGGCCAAUCGAAGAGAGAUCGACAGCACUGCGAAGGACGAGCAGAAAUCGGAAGAGCGGAUCGAAAGCAUUUAUUCGGAAGAAGAGCAGCGAUUGCUCCAGCGGAAUCGGAUUCUCUCGCUGAACGCUACGUUUGAGGGAGUGAACGUUCUGAUCGAGGAGGUGUCGUCGGCCAAUGAGCACACGAAGAUCGUGGACAGCACAGUUGCGGGACUGAACGUGUGUGUGGAGACGCGAACGUACGAUGUCGACGUGCGUGUGAGUCUGCACAAGAUCGAAGUGCUGGACUGCAUCCAAACGGCCUCGCGCCGAACGAACAAGUACCUCGUGCUCUCGCAGCCGGUCAAUAAAAAGGGAGAGAUCUGUCCCGAGGAAGACUCCAAACUCGUGAAAGUGAAUGUGGGAAUCGUGAACGAAGCGUCUCCCGACUACUCCAAAGCGGAAAGUGACGUGCGAGUGGAGUUGAUCUUUGGUGUUCUGAGUGUAAUGGUGUAUCGUCCCACGAUUUAUCAUCUGCUUCGAUUCAUCGCCCCCAUUCUCGAAGGAGAGGUUACCAAACCGACCCAUGAAGUCGCUCCUGCGAAGCAUCGUCGUUCUCUCAGCUCUUCUUCCUCGGUUUCCUCCGCCGCUCCCGACAGUGAUCAGGUCUCGGUGUCUUCUCGCGCCGCAGAGCUCAUCACAAGCAAAAGCCGCAAUUUAGCGAAAGCGGAGCAGUCGAAGCCGCUCCCAGCGGACUGGGAGAAAAAGCAAGUGAAGGUUAUACUGAAGCUCGGAAGUGUCAACAUGCUGCUCGUCACCGAUCGGGGCCUCCCUCUUCUCUACGCGAGCAUCACUGGAGUCGAUUUUUCAUUCACCGUCUCUCCAGCAUUGGUCGCCGUUGCGGGAGGUCUCGAAGACAUUUCGGUUUGGGAUAUGAGCGAGGGAUGCGGUUACCACUCUCCGAUUCUGUCCAUUCUUCGCACAGAGGAUCAGUCGGCGUUCAUCGCACUUUCGUGCACGCUGUAUUCCGACGUGCGCUAUCCGAGCUAUCCGGGAUAUCCGAUGGCGAUUUCGGGUACGAUCUGCGCGCCUUCGGUUUCGAUUCGGAUGCGAUACAUCGACGAGUUGAAGCAUUACUUCCUUGCAGGACCGAUCGCUGAUGGCUUGGCGCUGCUGAGCAAGAAAUCGAAAGAGGAAAAUGAGGCGUCGUCUGCGUCGAUGGUUCCAAUGCCCAAACUCGAAACGAUCGAAGAAUCCAUCGACGAUGAAGAAGAAGAAGAAGAUGCCAAAUCGAAAACCGAGCCGACGGAGUCAACGCAAGCAAAAACGAUCUCACUGAAGGACAGCAUUCGAGAGUCCAUUCUCCUGCUCGGCAAGAACUAUUUGAUUAUGGACCAAAAGAAGCUGGAGGAUGUCCCCUUCGAGCUUCCUCUCAUCAACGUCGUGGUGAAUAACUUCCAGAUUUCACUCCCUGUGGCUUCGGAUUCGCAGGAAAUGGCUACUUUUGAAAUGGGGCGUUUCAGUGUGCAGAAUCAAGCAUUGCAUCGUUUCCCCGAUUCCAAUCAGGUCGAUCGUUCGUCCGUGAAGUCCACACUAAACACUGUGCGCAUCGCCAUUACCCAAAUGAAGGCUUCGACCCACAUUGCUUCUGCUUCGGGUGUUUCCUCGCUGGCUCUUCUUGGAGGUAUUGAUCUCUCCGUCGUGGCGGUCAUCGCAAAUCAAGCCGAAGUGAACGCUCAGAUUACCAAGAUGGCCUUGACGAUGAACGAGCGGCAGCUAACUCUCUUCGCUCAUAUUAUGAAUGGAAACUUCAAGGAAACUGCGGUCGUGAUGGAAGACGAGAUCGUUCCCAAAGAAAAAGAAAAAGAAGCCAAAAGACCAUCGGUUUCUCCAACGCCAUCGUCGGCAAGACGAAUGCCGCGUCGAAGCAAGCGAUUGAGCGGCCUGCCGGAGCUUCUAACGGUCGAGGAGGAAGCGAAGGAGGACGAAGUGGUGUUUGGGAAGUUCCUCCGCGCGCAGUUCUCGUUCGACGGCGUUUGCUUGGAGCUGCUGAGCGGAACCGAAGGCUACGACUCGCAGAUUGUUGGUCAGGAAAUCUACAACCAGAUGGGAACGCUCAAGAACUCGAUCUCCUCGAUCGAUAUCGGCGUGAUUCAGGCGUCGCUCAAUCUCCGAAAGACCGAACUCUCCGCCGGUCUUUCGCUGUCGCACGUCGUGUUCACGGACACGCGCUCGACAACUUCGAUCGAUUCGGCCUACCGCGUACCUCUUUCGUUCGGAGCUCAUUCGAAACCCGCGAUUUCUGCGCUAGUCAGCGUCACCAACCGCGAUAUUCGCACGUUUAAGGAGUUGGAGCCGCUGCUUCGGUCGCGGUGGGCUCGAUGCGUUUGA